AUGACACGCAGUGAAGCAACCAUUCCAGCUUUACCGAAUCAUCUCACGGAAUUAUGCUCAACAUGGAAUUCCAUCAACCAUCGCAUCGGCUCAUUAAAAGCGACACCAAACAAUCAUUGUUUAAGAUGGUGCAAGAUUGAUGGUGAUUUGAAGAAACGAAACUUAAAGCUGAGUGAAGUCGUUUCAUGA